CCUACUUGAGUAUGGUUUGACAGGAGCCGGCAUACUAACGAUAAGCUUAAGGUUGAAAGACCCUGAAAGGACGUGAGCUCGGAUCAACUCAACCCAGAAGACCCUUUUCCUCUGACUGACGUCAAACUGUCCCGACUGGAAGGUAACAUCAUGGCUCGGUUAGAAAUCGAAAAUUUUUCUCAUGUGUGUUGCGCCCAAGAUAGCUGGCGAUGAUGUCAAGGAAAACUGGAACGUCAGACGAGGGUCAGCCUUUAGUCAGCCAGCAAAUGCCAGUCACAGCAUACGGACGUGACGACACGUGAAGAUCGUGAUGAAGCGAGCAGCAUUGCCACCAAGGUACCACAUGAGCCACUUGGAGCCACCAGAUUCCUCCGGCAGUCCCGUAAAGUCACUAAGGCAGCAUCGACCACUCUGAGUGGUUCAUGAAGUCUAGACCGGAGACGUGCGGCGAGGAUUCGAAUAUUCGCCUCUGUUCCUCGGUGGAUUUCUUUUCAUCAUCGAAGAGGGUCCGAUGCAACAGAACGGGUCUAGUCUUCCGGCCCUAUCCUGCCACUAGACUGGAAGGGGAAGGCUUAUCGAUAAGCACCACUCCUUCUAAGGCUCUUCCCCCCUCAAGGUGCCCCCCAGGAUCGCGUGGAUCCGCGGGAGCACCGCAAAGGAUCAUACCGAGCAUACGCAACUUGUCACGUCAUGAACGGCAAAACGAGAGGAUGAUGAAGAUGGUGAGGAGACUGAUAAGCAAUGCAAGUGAACUGACUCGUAUGGAUGACUCUCUACUGCAUCAGAUCUUGUCCUUUAUUUCAUGCAUGCCCUCCCCCCAAAAUUUAUUGUCUUUUGGUAUUACUUUUUACUACUCACAAUCCACGAUCACGACUCCCACAUUACUACAUUCUACUACCAGUAUUACUCCUCGCCUGACACAAACAUCGCUUGGCUAUAGAUCACCUAUCCCUGUCACUCCUACCACCCACUGCUCCUGGUUACUCGACUCCUGUGACUGCGGGUUAAAACAAAUCAAUUCAAGGUUCACAGUCUAUUGAACUAUACGAACGGCCACGACUUCACCGCUUGCCCCACAUCCAUUUUGAGUUGUGGGUUACAUACUAUAACGCAGGUAGUCACUAGUAUUCCAUACUAUUAGGUGCCUACAUACAUUUAUAGGC